AGUUCCCAACCCUACAUGCACCAUUUUCCUUCCCGCGGGGUUUAGGUUGAUUCCCUGGCCCUUGAUAGCACGCCGACGAGACGGCGACCUGCUAGUUUACAUGUGUCAAAGCGAGGGUGCAAGCACUGCCGCGCCAGACUUUAACUCCGCCGUGCCGGACUAUGGACCACCAAGCAGCCACCUGAAUCAGCGACGGCGGCGCGGCGCGGCACGCCUCACACCGUCACACGUGGCGCCGCACGAGUCGAAGGCUCUCUCCUGUCCUGCCAACAAUCAGCCGCCAGUGACGCCCAAUCACCGGGGCCCCUGCUUUGCUUGUGUGUCUAGUAUAAAUGAGCUCAGCUCCGGCGACCUCUCCCGCCUUCCUCCUCUUGUUCAGGCCUCCAGCGAUCGAGGUCAAGCUUGUAAGUAAAACCGGCCGUGAGCUGCUGCCCUGUCGCUGUUCUGUUCUGCCCAAAUAUCAAACAUGCCCCCCUCUCUUGCGCCGCCGCCGCCGCCUGCGGCUGAUCACAAGGCCUGGCCGAGGCAGCAGAGACACGCGGAGAAGAAGAAGAAGGCCGCGGGGUCGCCGGCACCGCGGAGGGCGUCGUUCCACGGGCGCGGCACGUCCGAGCAGGAGGAGCAGCAGCGGCAGCAGCGAGACCACCACCUGCUGAGACAGAGGCCCCGGACGCAUCCGGACCUGCUGCUGCUGGCCGGCGUCAGGGAGCGUGGCUUCCGGCGAGCGGGCGUCGUCCACGCUACCACCACCACCACCGAUGCUGCUGUCCCGUGGGGCAGCAUCAGGGCGGCGCCGAGCAAGGCGCUGGUGACCGUCGCCGUGCAGCGGAGCAUGUGGCCGCUGCACGUGAUGGCGGGCGCCGAGUGGCGCGUCGCGGACCUGGUCGCCGCCGCGGUGGGGCUCUACGUCAGGGAAGGACGGCGCCCGCUGCUGCCGUCCGCCGACCCCUCCGCGUUCGGCCUCCAUUACUCCCAGUUCAGCUUGGAAAGCUUGGACCCGGAGGAGAAGCUCAUGGAGCUUGAGGGCAGGAGCUUCUUCCUCUGCCCCAGGGCUACUGCGGCUCCCUCUACGCGCCCAGCGACUGAAGCUAGCAAGGCCACGCCCACCUCUGCCGACAGGCAAAACAUGCUACCACCAUGGCUCAGCUUCAUGCACUUUUGGCCAUUGUUGUAGCUUGCUUGGUAGUUUGAGUCUCUUACUCCGAUCGCAAACGACACUUCGUCCCUACCUAGGUUAGAUUCAUAGAUUAGUAGUACAUACAUUUGUACUUGGCCACCUUGCCAAAUUAAUUUGUUUACUGUUGAAUUAAUGAUCGAGCAGACAACUGUCUUCAUAUUCCUGGAAAA